AGGAUUUCCCACGUUUCCUAUGACCAAAAACGGGCUGAGGACUCUGACACUGACAGAUAUUACGUGACAGGCACACGGGAAAUAAGCCUCUCGGGACACCAGGGAAACAUCAGAUGCAAACUUUUGCGAUGGCACACGCCGUGAUGCUUUUUCUCUUGUGCGUUUUCGCAGGAGUGCACACAUUAGCACCUACAUAUGAAGCAGAGGCGGUGAGGGAGAGCCAUACAGUUGUUACCACCACGGGCAAAGAAUGUAAAUUCCCUUUUCGUCAGGGUGGAAGGAUUCAUCAUCACUGCAUCACUGUCCUGUCCUCAAGACCAUGGUGCUCUCUUACGCACAAUUUUGAUCGGGACAGGAAGUGGGGCUUCUGCGCACCAGAGAGAAGGCACCCAAAUGUUUCUGUCCACACUUCACGCAGAAUCACAGAUCCGUGUCAGGCGAACCCGUGUCAGAAUGGAGGCGUCUGCACAGCGAUCCCACACAGACGCACAUUCGAAUGCUCCUGCCCUGAGAGCUUCUCUGGGACAAUAUGUGAGCAAAAGAAGUGCUACGAAACCGUACACCUGCGCUAUUAUGACAUCGGAGAGUCUUGGGGACGAAUUCACCUCCGUAAUGUGGAACAGUGCACAUGUGUGGCAGGGGAAAUCAAGUGUGAGAGAGUCCACUACACAAUGUGCCGUACAAACCCAUGUCAGAACGACGGAACGUGUCGACUGAUCAUAUCCACCGGAAAGGAAGUGUGUAACUGCAGGCAUGGCUACAGUGGACCUCACUGUAGUCUCGAGCCAGAGACAGAGUGCUAUAGCAGCAGGGGCACAGGUUACAGAGGCCUGGUGGGCACCACCGUGUCCGGCGCCCGGUGUCUGCCGUGGAACUCAGACCUGCUGUUUGAUGAGCUCCAUGUGGGCACAGUGAUUGCAUCACCUGUUAAAGGCCUUGGGGAGCAUGCCUACUGCAGAAACCCAGACGAGGACAAGAAGCCUUGGUGUUACACAAUAAAAGACAGCGCCAUCUCCUGGGAGUACUGUGACGUCCCCUCCUGUGUGAUGGCUGCGUCUUCUUCUCUGAGGCUUACUCCAUUCAACGUCCUGCCCACCAUUGAAAAACCCAAAUCCUCCAAGCCGGCCAAAAAACCCGUAUGCGGGACAAAGCACAAUAAAAGGUUAUCGAUAGCCAGAGGGAGGAUAAUGGGCGGAAGCUCGGCUCUGGAAGGUAGUCAUCCAUGGAUGGCAGCCAUUUACAUCGGACAGUCAGACUUCUGCGGCGGCACUCUCAUCUCCUCUUGCUGGGUCGUGUCUGCGGCCCACUGCUUCUUCAGCAACCCCCUGAAAUCUCAAAUCCGUGUGGUCCUGGGCCAGCAUAGGUAUAAUACCACCAGUCCCAACACGAGGACAUUUGGAGUGGAGGACUACAUCUUUCCAAGGCACUUCUCAGUGUUUAACCCAACACUGCAUGACAUUGUUCUAAUCAAACUGAAGAAGCAGGACGGGCGAUGUGUGAGGAAAACCCCGUUCAUCAGGCCCAUCUGUCUCCCAGACAAAAGCAUGACGUUCCCCGAUUACUACUGCUGCACCAUUAGUGGCUGGGGACAUACACAAGAGAAGGGAAUGGGAUACUCCACUCUGCAGGAGGCUGGAGUGAGACUGACUCCUCAUGAUAAUUGCAAGAAGCCAGAAGUGUAUGGCAACCAUGUCACCAGUGACAUGAUUUGUGCAGGGAUUAACGGCUGCGUUGAUGCGUGCCAGGGCGACUCCGGGGGCCCGCUGGCUUGUGGGAGGAAUGACGUCAGCUUCUUGUACGGGAUCGUCAGCUGGGGGGAGGGCUGCGGCCGCUCCAAUAAACCCGGAGUUUACACAAAAGUAGUGAAUUACAUAGACUGGAUCGAUUCAGUGAUCAAACGCAAACCCAAACCUUCACCAAACGACAUUACCUGGAAAUAACCUUUCGCGCGUGACAUGUUUAAAGAUAUUAUAUAUGAACUUUUUACAAUGUUUUUAUUAUUGUAAAGCUUCUGGAAGUUUACAGGUUAUUUGUUUAACUGUGAAAUAUUUUG